AUGUCGUGCGUCACAGCCCUGGCGCUGCGCGCCUGGUUUGCGGAUGACGUCGCCAACACGCCCGGCCUGCUCGCGCGCCUGUGCGACCCGAGGAGCGAGUCGGGUCAGAUGUGCCAGUGGCGGCACGCGGCGGUGGGCGCCCUGCUGGCGACCGCGACCGAGGUCGAGGCGGGCGCGGAGGGCGGGGAGGGCGGCGCGGGGGCGGCGCCGCACCGCGGCGCGCUGGCGGGGGCGCUUGGGCAGCUGCGGGCGGCGGCGGCGGCGGGGCCGUAUGGCGCGGCGGGCCCGGGGGGCGGGGCGGCGGCGCACGAGUUUGAUGUGGCUAGCCGGCCGCGUCUUGUGGCGUCUCGUGGCAUGGCUUUCGUCAAAGGCAUGCUCAAGCGCUGUGCUGGGGGCGAGGUCAAGGGCAUCUUCUGCAAGACACACGCUGCGCCAGGCAUGCUGGACGUUGUCAACCCCCGCUGCCAGGCGCCCGGCUGCGCCAAAAAGCCGUCGUUCAACUUUGUGGGCGAGACCCAGCGCAUCUACUGCAGGGCCCACGCAGAGUUCGGCAUGGUGGACAUUGUCAGCCGCCGCUGCCAGGUGCCCGGCUGCACUGAACUCGCCUCCUUCAAUAAUGAGGGCAAGACCCAGCGCAUCUACUGCAAGGCCCACGCUGCGCCAGGCAUGGUGAACGUGAUCAGUCCCCGCUGCCUGGCGCCAGGCUGCACCAAGCAACCCUUCUUCAAUCAUGUGGGUGAGGCCAAGGGCAUUUACUGCAAGGCGCACGCGGAGAAUGGCAUGGUGGAUGUUGUCAACCCCCGUUGCUUGGCGCCAGGCUGCACCAAGCAUCCCAGUUUCAACUUUGCGGGCAAGACCAAGGGCGCUUUCUGCAAGGCGCACGCGGAGCCUGGCAUGGUGGACGUCAUCAGUCCCUGCUGCCUGGCGCCCGGCUGCACCAAGCGUCCCAGCUUCAACUUUGCGGGCAACACCAAGGGCGCUUUCUGCAAGGCGCACGCAGAGCCCGGCAUGGUGGACGUUGUCAACCCCUGCUGCCAGGCGGCCGGCUGCACCAAGCGUCCCAGCUUCAACUUUGCAGGCAAGACCAAGGGCGCUUUCUGCAAGGCACACGCGGAGCCUGGCAUGGUGGACGUUGUCAACCGCCGUUGCUUGGCGCCAGGCUGCACAAAGCAUCCCAGCUUCAACUUUGCGGGCAACACCAAGGGCACUUUCUGUAAGACUGCCCCGAAGCAGGCGCAGGCCUUCGCCGGUUGA